AUGUCAUCCUCACGGCGAUCUUUGCAGCCCGCAGCGGCAACCACGUCCUCCUCCUCGGACGCUGCCAACACGGCAGCAACACCGACGGCCCCACCCACUUCGGCAGCAUCAGCCUCGGCCGAAGCAGGACCAUCUACUUCCGCCAAGCCACAGCCCGACAAACGGGAAGAGGCAUCGACAGAUGCACAUCUCGAGCUGCUGACCGAGCACUUUGGCUAUAACCCGAAGUCCUUCAUCGAUGCGCUCGUCUACCUGUCCAACGAGCAUCUCUACAGCAUCGCCACCGAAUUUGAGAACGUCGUCAUGGACUUGCUCAAAGAUGUGGAUGGUGGGGAGCUCGAAGCCGAGCAGGGCAUGCACGCUAUCUUGACGCUGAUGGAGAACUCGCUCGACCACACGCUGGAUACGUUUGAGCUGUACUGCUUCCGUUCCGUGUUUGGGAUCCGCUCGCGUCAGGCCAAGUACAUGACGCUCGAUCAUCAUCGUGGACUCGACCUGCGCACCAAACAAGCGAACUCAGCGACGUCCUCCUCGAGAGCCCAAGCCAAACCAGCAAGAAAGAGCCUCGUCGGUGCAUCGACCAAUCUGAGCGCCAACGAGAGGAGCUACCGACUGGGAGAAACCGAAGACUCGCUCAAACGUCAGAUCGCCGCAGCGCGGGCGACACAGCACAAGCUGCUGCUGGCGCAGAGCGCAACGCAAGAGUCUCUCGAUCGCAUGCUCGACCUCGCCGAGCGCUUCUCGUCCAUCCUCUACCACAACACCGAAGCACGAUCCGCAGUGCCCGUGCUCACAGAAACUCUCGGUCAGCAUGCACGUAAGCUCAAGGCCGAUACCAUCCCGCUUCUCAAAGCGCUGCGAGAGCUUCGGUCCGCUGACCCGCUCGGUGCGCCUCUGUACUCUGGCGCUAUCGGGGGAGCCGCAAACAAGGAUGCGGCUGAUGCAGAAGGCGACGACGACGGGGUUGCGGAUGUGAGGGUAUGGGGACGCGGACGCGAACCCUACCUCAUCUGGGCAGCAGACCAGAUCAUUACAAAGAGUAAACGUGGCGGCGCGACGACUUCUGCAGCUGCGACAUCAGCGCAUGUCGAGGCGGAUGCAACGUUGGCAGAGGCGACUGAAGACGAUUCCAGGACUCCGAAACGGACCCGAACAUUGACCGGUCAACUAGCGUCGUCGAAGAGAAGGACUCCUGGUACUGCGACUAGAUCGAGAUCUUAA